CUUGGAGUGGCCAUACUGUAGCCCCUAAGGAACAUACACUAUGUAUCUUGCCAAGGUUUCAGCACAUUUUCCUAGUUUCCAUCGCAUAAAUACUGUAUUAAUAUACCGACACAUUCGUGUAUAUAAACAUGGUUUUAGUCAUGUAUUAUUGAGUUCAUCUAGGGGCGACGACGUCGUUACAUCGCAUACUGAGGGUGUUAAGCCCUUGGAGUCUGUACUUCGUUUAAGUGACAAUGGCGUCGAAUUCAUACAACGUGGCCUAUCUGGACAUCAUGAGGAUAACGUUAAUCUAGGAUCCAUACCACAGAUCGAUACUUCUAGCUUUGCGGAGUACAUAGAGAUUCCGCGUGGCGGUCCUAUUAGUCACUUGAUAAAUCGACCGAUCCGUAUUGGCAAUGGCAUGAUUCCUUUUAAGCGAUAUGUUGAAGGCAGUCCCAAUGCGCAUCAUUAUCCCCUCGGUCUAUUACCGCGUAAAUUUUCCUACAAACUUGCUGGUGACAUUAUAGUUACAUCCUAUGCUUUGGACGAUCGCGACUAUCGCAUGGAAGGCAGCAGGCGCGUGAUGCUGAGUGCCCUGCCUACCUUGAAGCGUACUAACUGCGAGGUGCUGUUACAGAAGUUAUACGGUAAAGUCACAGUCCUGAUUAUUUUUUCUGGCGACAUACCAUAUUCCGAUUAUAAAUCAGGUUUAGAAUGGCAUCGUGCAUUGGAUUUUGUUGAUCGCACUCACUUUUUGUUAAAUUAUCCAUGCCCUGUUGGUAUGUCAUACUUCCACAAGCGUUAUGUGGCUAGUAUCGCUUCUUCCUUGGUCGAUAGGGUUACGUUCUCGUGUCUAACUAGUAAACUCAGUUUCGAGGACACCAUUGGUUUACAUCAGUAUCGUCGUCAAUUUACUAGUGUCCUUUUGUUGGACAAGUUUGGCUACAUUCGUUGGCACGCUGCUGGAAGGCCAACUCGUGAGUCUACAUUCCUACUAAAGGAAUCCUAUGAGCGCCUCGUUAAGGAAUAGACUGUUUUUCUAUGCAAUAUGGCAUUAUCGCUUUCACAUGUACUAUAAUGUGGUUUGAGUCCAUGUAAAGUA